GACCGGGCCGUACGGGGCCGUACCAGACCAACGCCCCCCGCCGUGUCCCCCAGAGCCCCCCAAGGUGACGCUGUCCCCAAGGCCGCUGGUGGUGGCCCCGGGGGCGGCGGCGGAGCUGCGGUGCCACGUGUCCGGCUUCUACCCCCUGGACGUGGCGGUGACCUGGAGGCGCCGCGCCGCGGGCUCGGGGACGUCGGCGCCGGCCGGGGCCGCGGUGGCCGAGACGUGGAGCUCGGGCCACCGGCAGGGACCCGAUGGCACCUACAGCCGCAGCGUGGGGGCGCGGCUGGUCCCCGCGCAGCCCCAGCACCACGGGGACGUCUACGCCUGCGUCGUCACCCACCCGGCGCUCGGCGCCCCGCUGCGCGCCACCGUCCGGCUCCGCCUGGCCGGUGCGUGGGGACAAGGGGACGCGGGCUGGGGACACCGGGGGACAGGGGCCGGAGGGGCUGAGGGACAGGGGAUGGGGACACUGAGGGAUGGUGGGAUCGGGGGAGGGAGGGUCUAA